AUGGCAGACUUCAGCCUCGACACCAGCUUCAUUCCCGCGCUACACAGACCAGCGGCACUACUGCCCAUAGCCAAACACCGGGACAGCCUGUUGUAUGUCAUCGAAACAUAUCAAGUCACCAUAGUGAUAGGUCAGACAGGUUCCGGAAAAACGACACAGAUACCCCAGUUUCUAGAAAAAGCGGGAUGGUGCGCAGACGGCAAGGUCAUUGGCGUAACUCAACCCAGGCGAGUCGCGGCAACGACAGUCGCUCUUCGUGUUGCCGACGAGGUUGGGUGCGAGGUGGGCAAGGAAGUUGGCUACUCUAUCCGUUUCGAGGAUGUCACGUCGUCAGCGACGCGUAUCAAGUUCCUCACCGAUGGCUUGCUCAUUCGAGAAGCGUUGGUUGACCCGCUGCUAAGCAGAUACUCAGUUAUCAUGGUUGACGAGGCUCAUGAGCGCUCAAUCAGCACAGAUGUGCUCCUGGGACUACUGAAGAAGAUCCGUAGGAAAAGACCAGACCUAAGGAUAAUUGUCAGCAGCGCCACGUUGCAGGCUGAAGACUUCCUCAAGUUUUUCACUAGCACUAGCGAAGACCAACAACCGGCGAGCAACGGAGAUAGCUCGCCCGAGAUUGGGAAAAUCGUAAAUCUAGAAGGCAGGACAUAUCCAAUCGAUAUACUGUAUUUGGAAUCUCCCGCGGAAAACUAUGUCGAAAGGGCUAUCGACACUGUGAUUGACAUCCACACGCAAGAAGGAGAGGGUGAUAUCCUCGUCUUCCUGACCGGUCGCGAAGAGAUUGACAAUGCAAUCCAGGCCGUGGCCGAAAGAAUUGGCCAAGCUGGAGAUCAAUAUGGCAACCUACAACCGCUGCCGCUGUACGCUGGCCUGUCUUCAGAGGAACAAAUGCACGUCUUUGAUAAGGCGCCCGACGGUAAGCGCAAGGUCAUAUUCUCGACAAACAUUGCAGAGGCAUCCGUCACAAUCGAUGGGAUAGUCUACGUCGUUGAUUGCGGCUUCGUCAAAUUACGCGCCUACAAUCCCAAAACCGGAAUUGAAACACUCACUGCAACCCCAACAUCCAAGGCGUCUGCUUCACAGCGAGCCGGUCGUGCCGGCAGAACGAAACCUGGGAAAUGUUUCCGUCUCUACACCGAAGAAAGCUACCAAAGCUUACCAGAGGCCAACCCGCCCGAGAUACAGAGAUCCAACCUAGCGCCAAUUAUACUGCAGCUCAAGGCCCUUGGGAUUGACAACGUCGUGCGAUUCGACUACCUAUCACCGCCUCCCUCGGAACUCAUGUCCAAGGCAUUAGAGCUUCUCUUCUCCCUCGGAGCACUAGACGAGUACGCAAAGCUCACGCGACCACUGGGUUUCCGCAUGGCAGAACUCGCCGUCGAGCCCAUGAUGGCUAAAACGUUGCUCUCUGCGCCAUCAUUCAACUGCCUAAGCGAAAUCCUCACCAUCGCAGCCAUGACCAGCCUCGGCACAAGCGUCUGGUUUUACCACGAAGGCGAGCAAAAAGCCAUGGAGAGCUCGCGCCGCAAAUUUGCCGCCGAAGAAGGCGAUCAUCUCACGCUGCUCAACGCAUACACGGCGUUUGUCACAAACGGCAAGAAGGAAGCACGGUUCUGUCACGAAAAUCACCUCAACUACAAAUCCAUGACACGUGCGGUCAGUAUUCGUGCACAAUUGAAGCGGUACCUAGAGCGUUUCAACAUCCAGGUCGACGAGUCACUGGCUGCCAGUCGACCGCCCGAGGCGGAUAUGAAGAACAAGGCUGAGCAGAUUCGGCGAUGUUUAACAUCGGGUUACUUUGCGCAUGCAGCUCGUAUGCAGCCUGAUGGAACGUUUCGCAAUGUCGAAGGCGGUACGGUUAUGCACGCUCAUCCGAGCUCGUUGCUGUUUAAUAGGAAGGCAGAUUGGGUCAUAUUUCAUGAGAUUAUGGAAACUGGGCAGAAGACUUUUAUCCGGGAUGUGACCAAGAUUGAGAAGGGGUGGUUGUUGGAAUACGCGAAGGAGUAUUAUACAGUGACCGAUACUAGAAUUGGGAAUUGA